AUGAGUGAAAUUAUUAUCACCCAACAACAAAAUACUUUGGACUCUACUGAUGAUGAUAGAAUAUUCAAACUACAGGCCCCAAUAACUAUUGCAAUUACAACAGCUUCUUCAGAAAAUUAUUCGGAUUGUGAUUCUACUAGUACUACCCCUACUCCAUUAGAUCUGAAAAAAGAUUCGGUUUCAAUUGAUGAUCUUAUCAUUAAUACCGAUAAAAAACAAUCAAAAGUUUAUUUGACUCCAGAAAGCAUAAAGAAUUGUAAUAGUAAGUUGAAAUCUGUCGAGCCGGUGAAUUUUUCUACAAAUAAGAAAAGAUCUUUUGAAGAAUGUGCCAAUGACAGCGACGAAGUAUGCAUUAAAAAGUCCAAAAGUCUUAAAGAAAAUUGGGAUGAUCUGGAUUUAAAAGAAUCUCUUGACAUUAAAAUGGUAGUUGAAUAUUCAAAUGAUAUUUUCAAUUAUUUAUAUCAAAGAGAAGUAGAAACCAUCCCUACUUUAAACUAUUUAACAGCCAUUGAUUCAGAAUAUUACAUCAAACCUGCCAUGAGAGCCGUUCUUGUUGAUUGGUUAAUUGAAGUUCAUGAAAAAUUUAAUUUAACUACAGAAACAUUAUUACUAGCCAUCAAUAUAAUGGAUAGAUUUCUAUCCACAAAUAAAGUCACCAUGUCAAAAUUACAAUUAUUAGCCGUGACAUCUCUUUUCAUGGCAGCUAAAUUUGAAGAAGUUAAAUUACCAAAAUUGGCUGAUUACUCGUAUAUUACUGAUGGUGCUGCCACUCAAGAUGAAAUUAAAAUAGCUGAAAUGUAUAUGCUUUCUUCUUUGAACUUCCAAAUUAGUUCUAGUAAUCCAUUAAAUUUCUUGAAUAGAAUUUUGAAAACCGAUAAAUAUAAUUCAAAAUUAGCUCACAUGGGGACUUUUAUUUUAGAACAUUCCAUUUGCUGUCAUAAAUUUGUCGAUAUUAAACCUUCGACGCUUGCUGCUUUAUCAAUGUUUUUGGCAAAGCAUAUUUUUUACUCUACAUCAAAUCAAUCAUCGAAUAUCAAAGCUUCUGUUGUAUCUAAAGAGGAUACAAAAAGAAUUUGGAAUGAAACUGUUAAACAUUAUAGUGGUGAUAUUGAUAUUUUAAACGAUACAAAGUUUCAAGAAUUAAGUAAGGAACUGAUUGAAGAAAUUGCUUUUCCAACUACUGAUUUAUCUUCGUUAGUUAUCAAAUACAAACAAUCCUCUCGUGAAGCAGUAUUUUUCGAUGUUCUUUAUUGGUGUAGAGAUAGAUCUGCCGAUGAAUUUAAAGGUUUAUUCGAUUGA